AUGCCAACGGCGGUGAACGUAGCGAAGCAAUGCUUAACAACGGAAUCAUCCUACGUGCUAGAAGAAGCCGUGAACGUGGCGCGUCGACGUGGCCACUCUCAAACGACGUCGCUUCACGCCGUCUCCGCUUUACUCUCUCUUCCAACGUCCCCUUUACGUGACGCAUGCGCUCGUGUCCGAAACUCAGCUUACUCUCCUCGUCUCCAGUUCAAAGCUCUAGAUCUCUGCCUCAGCGUUUCUUUAGACCGGAUCCAAUCGGGUCAUCAACAACAACAACCCGGGUCCGAUGACCCGCCUGUCUCGAACUCUCUCAUGGCUGCGAUAAAACGGUCUCAAGCUCACCAGCGUCGUCUCCCCGAGAGUUUCAGAUUGUACCAAGAGAUGUCUCAGAGUAAUCAGAACUCACUCUCUUGCGUGAAGGUGGAGCUUCGUCAGCUGGUUUUAUCGAUUUUGGAUGAUCCGGUUGUGAGUCGGGUUUUUGGUGAAGCGGGUUUUCGGAGCUCUGAGUUAAAGCUUUCGAUUAUCCGACCAAUCCCUCAUCUGUUUCGUUAUUCGUCUCCUCGUGGACAGCAACAGCCUCUGUUUCUUUGUAACGGAACCGGGAAUCAUACUGAACCGGAAUUGAAUCCGGUUCGAUGGGGUUUCAGUGUCCCGAACCGGGAUAUAACCGGAGAUUCUUCUGAUCACCGGAGGAUUAACGAUGUUUUCACGAGGGAAAAAGAGAGGAAUCCUCUGCUUGUGGGUGUAUCGGCUUACAGUGUAUUAACCGAUUACUUAAACUCGCUAGAAAACCGAAGCGACGGUUUAAUUGCGGUUAACAUCGGUUCAGAAGUAUCCGACCAAAUAAAAGUCAAGUUUAAUAAAACGUUCACCGACGCUAGGUUUAACGAUCUAAGGAAGGUGGCUGAGCAAGGCUCAGGACCUGGUUUAGUCGUGAACUACGGAGACUUGAGGGUUUUCACCGACGGUGAAGGAGACGUGUCGGCGGCUAGUUACAUCGUGAGUAAGGUUUCGGAGUUGUUGCGGAGAUGCGGGAAGAGAGUGUGGUUGAUCGGAGCGACGGCGAGCAACGACGUUUAUGAGAAGAUGGUGAGGAAGUUUCCCAACGUGGAGAAAGACUGGGACUUGCAGUUACUCACCAUCACCACUACUCUUAGGUCUUGUUCGCCUCACCACAAAUCCAGUUUGAUGGGAUCGUUUGUUCCAUUUGGUGGAUUCUUCUCAACUCCUGACCUGAAACUACCCUUCUCCGGUUAUAACAAGGAAAUCACCAAACCGGUUUCUUCCAUAUCCGAUCAGACCCAAUCUACCUUACCACCUUGGUUGCAGAUGACCACAAUAAUCGAUUCAAACCAAAAAUCUGAUUCCAAGACCAAAGAAGGGUUGGAGUCAGUUUUUGGUAAUAAGUCGCCAAGCAGUGCUUCUGCAUCAACCGGUUCAGCUAAAUCAGUCACAACUGAUCUGAAUCUGAGGAUGUCCCCGGUCACCACAGGAUUUGGUCUCAAGACACGGUCUGUGUCCUCCUCUUGCUUGGAUAAUCCAAGGGAUCUCAACGCAGAGAGCUUCAAGAUUAUAUACCACAGAUUAACCAAUAGGGUUUCAGGGCAAGAUGAGGCAGCUAGGGUUAUCAGCUGCGCAUUAUCACAACCGCCUAAGACUAGCACUAGAAGAGAUGUCUGGCUCAAUUUAGUUGGGUCUGAUACCGUAGGAAAGAGGAGAAUGUCGCUUGUGCUUGCUGAGAUUGUGUAUCAAAGUGAACAUAGAUUCAUGCCCGUUGAUCUUGAUGUUGCUGAGCAUGGAAUAAACGGUUGUGAUGAUGUGAUGGGGCUGAGAGGGAGGACAAUGGUGGAUCAUAUCUUUGAAGUGUUGUGUAGGAACCCUUUCUGUGUAGUGUUCCUUGAGAACAUUGACAAGGCUGAUGAGAAGCUGCAGGUAAGCUUGUCUAAGGCUAUUGAAACUGGAAAGUUUAUGGAUUCGCAUGGGAGAGAAGUUGGUAUAGGUAACACAACUUUUGUUAUGACUUCAUCUUCAGUAGAAGAUUCUGGAACAAGAACCACUUAUUCUGAAGAGAAACUCUUGAGAGUAAAAGGCAGGCAAGUGGCGAUAUUGAUUGAAACUGUGUUUUGUCUAAACUCGGAGAAAAAGAGGAAGCUAGGGUUGAGAGACACUGUAGAGAAGGGGAAAAGGUUGAACAGAACAGCUAAUGGAGUUCUUGAUCUGAACCUUCCGGCGCAAGAAACCGAAACCGAUACUGAAGAGAACUCAAAGCUUUGGUUAGUGAAUUUGAAGAAACACGACAGUCUCAUUGAGGUUCCUUUUAAGCCUUUUGACUUUGAAGAAUUAGCAGAAAGAAUCAAAAAGAGUUUGAAAGAAAUAUUUGCUAAGUGUGUGAGAUCAGAUUGUUUGCUGGAGAUUGACCUUAAGAUCAUGGAACGAUUACUAGCAGCUGUUUAUUUCUCAAACAGUAGAGAAGAUAUCAUCGAAGAGAUGAUGGAGAAAGUAAUGGCUCGAGUGUUCUUGCAUGUUAAAGAAAGAAACCCAAACCACUUCUUCUACUCUUUCUCUAAACCCUGCAAAGCUAUAUCUUCUUCUCUAGAAAAGAUGUGCCGCUCAAAAAGCAACCUCUGCUCUUCAAGAACCACCUUAACAGAAGCUGACCUCACGAGGACGAAGUUAGAAGGUGUUGACGCCACCAUGUCUCUUCUUGAACACGCAGCCUGCGACGAUCUUGCAUCAUUCAAGAGACAAACCGAGGAGAAUUCCCUGGACAUCAAUAAACCUGGCUUUUGGUACUGCAAACGGGUCGGGUCAAAGAAGAUGGGUUACCAAGAAAGAACACCUCUCAUGGUUGCUGCUAUGUACGGAAGCAUCGAAGUUCUAACUUACAUAAUUUCCACCGGAAAAUCAGACAUGAACAGAGUUUCAAGCGACGAGGAGAAAAUCACUGCUCUUCACUGUGCUGUUUCCGCCUGUUCUGUCUCUAUCGUCAAAGUCAUCAAGAUCUUGCUUGAUGCCUCUGCUUCACCUAACUGCCUUGACGCUAACGGAAACAAACCGGUUGAUCUAUUGGUUCGAGCUUCUCGGUUUAUACCUAACCAGACUAGAAAAGCGGUUGAGUUUUUGUUAACCGGAAUUAGUUUAGAAGAAGAGGAAGUGAAGAGUGUUGUGAGUAAGUAUCCAGCAGAUGCGUCCCUUCCUGAUAUCAACGAAGGUGUGUAUGGAACAGACGAGUUCAGAAUGUUUAGCUUCAAGGUCAAGCCAUGUUCUAGGGCUUACUCACACGACUGGACCGAGUGUCCUUUUGUUCAUCCUGGUGAGAACGCGAGGAGGAGAGAUCCGAGGAAGUAUCCUUACACCUGUGUCCCUUGUCCUGAGUUUCGUAAAGGGUCUUGUCCUAAAGGAGAUUCAUGCGAGUAUGCGCACGGUGUUUUCGAGUCUUGGCUUCACCCUGCUCAGUAUAAGACACGGCUUUGUAAAGAUGAGACGUGUUGUGCAAGGAAGGUUUGUUUCUUUGCUCAUAGAAGGGAUGAGCUGAGAGCUGUUAAUGCUUCUACUGGCUCAGCAAUGGUUUCACCGAGAUCGUCUAAUCAGUCUCCUGAGAUGUCUCCAAGAAACGGUGGUUUAUGGCAGAACAGAGUUGAUAGUCUUACACCACCACCGUUACAGCUUAACGGUAGUAGAUUGAAGUCAAGUUUGAGUGCUAGAGACAUGGGGAUGGAGCUAGGGUUUCGUGGUUCGUUUGAUUCUUCUUCGGUGAUGCAAGUUCAGUCUCCAAGGAGGAACCAGUACCCUUCUUCCCCUGUGAGGCAACCGCCUUCACAUGGGUUCGAGUCUUCAGCAGCUAUGGCAGCUGCGGUGAUGAACGCAAGAUCCUCAGCGUUUGCUAGACGCAGCUUGAGUUUCAAGCCAGCUCCGGUAGCUUCUUUGAAUGUCUCGGAGUGGGGAUCACCGAAUGGGAAGCUUGAGUGGGGGAUGCAAAGAGAGGAGAUGAACAAGAUGAGGAGAAGUGCCUCAUUUGGUAUAAACGGAGACAACAACAACUAUAGUAACAACAAUGUGUCGUGUCCUGUAAGAGACUACAGUGAUGAGCCAGAUGUGUCAUGGGUGAACUCAUUGGUGAAAGAGAGUGCACCUGAGAGGAACACGUUUAAGUUGCCGUUUUGGGGAGAGCAAAUGUAUAUAGACCAUGAGAAGCAGCAGAUUGUGGCAUGAGAAGUGGAAAGAAUGAGACUUCAUGGCUUUUUCUUAUGGGCCUCUCGUCUAACUAAGUCUUGAGAAUAAUUCUUUGAAUGUGUUUGACCCCAUAGUUUUCUACUAUAUGCAUUUUUUUUUAGUGGCAUUCUCUUGUCUUUUGUGACACUAUGUAAUGAUUAAAAUCAAAUAAUUGAUGAAGUUAAUAGCUGAGCAGCAUACUUCCUAUUACCAUUCAGUUUUUGAUUUCCUUUUCUCUUAAGUUCCUUUUUCUAGUUGGCUUUACUUAUUUCCAUUAUGCUUUGUGUUUAGGAAUAUAUGACUCUUAUACGAGCCUAUAUAUAGAGAACUUCUCUGUUGCUUUUUAAUUAACUUGGAUAUUUGAUUUUAUAAAACUUAGAG